AUGAAUUCAAAUCCAUCUAGCAAAAAGCACUAUCAUUUUGGGAAAGGUUUGAAAAAUUUUCUUAAAGGUUAUUUAACCGAAUAUGAAACAUCAAAAUUAGUUACAAUACAUAGUGCAAAAUAUGCUGGUUUACUUCGCAUUUUACAGAUUAUCAUUCUUAUUUAUUCUGUAAUAUAUUUACUUAUAUAUGAAAAAGGUUAUCAAAAACAAAGUACAACAAUUACGUCAUCAAUAACACUUAAAGUAAAAGGUAUUGGCUAUGUUCAUGUACCAGUAAAUCAAACAAUGAUUAUUGAUGGAUCAGAUUAUAUUAUUCCACCAUCGGAAAAUAAUGCUAUAUUUAUCAUGACAGACUUUAUUGAAACUGAUCAGACACGAUCUAAAUGUGCUGAAAGUCAACAAAUUAAAAAUGCAAUAUGUAAAGAUGAUAGUAACUGUUUGAAUAAACCAUUUACACCAGAUAUGAAUGGACGUUGGACUGGUCAAUGUUUAUUAUUACCAGAAAAAGAUGUUGUCAAUGAAACAACAAAUAUUAUAAAAACUACAACGGGUUUUUGUGAAUAUGCAGGUUGGUGUCCACCAGAAGAUGAUCUUACAUCGACAAUGCUCGUUCAAGAAACUCUCAAUUUUACAAUAUUUAUUAAGAAUUUUAUUGAAUUUCCAGAAUUUGGUGUUAAACAUAAAAAUAUGGUUGAUAACUUACAACAAUGUACUUUUCAUCCAAAACAAGAUACAGAUUGUCCGAUAUUUACCAUUGAUUAUAUAAUGAAAGAAGCUGAAAAAAAUAUUACUGAACUUAAUUUGAUGUUACGCUAUGGUGGUGUUGUACGUAUUAAACUUGACUGGGAUUGUAAUUUAGAUCGAAAUAUAAAACGAUGUAAACCUGAAUAUUCAUUUGCUCGUCUUGAUGUACCUUUUUAUGAAAAUCCAUUUUCACGUGGUUUUAAUUUUCGUUAUGCUUCGUAUUGGAAACAUAAUCAGAAACAUUAUCGUACAUUAACAAAAGCUUUUGGUCUUCGUUUUAUAAUUACUGUUAGUGGUAUAGCAGGAAAAUUUGAUUUUAUUACAUUAACUUUAAAUAUUGGUUCAUUAAUUGGACUAUUUGGCUUAGGAACUAUUGUUUGUGAUAUUAUUCUACUUCAUUUAUCAAAAAGAGCACAUGUUUAUCGUAAUCAUGUGUUUGAAACUGUUCAUGUACGAACAUGUGCUAAUAGUACAGUUAAGGCGCCAAAAGAAUUUGUUCAACAACAUGUUGAUAAAUCUUGA